GUUCCAGGGUCCUGCGGAGCGGCAGUGGUGGCACUGGGCCCCUUCUGAUGGGAGGAUGGUUGUUCUCAGGCAGUUUGGGCUGCUGCUCUGGAAGAACUACAUCCUGCAGAAGCGGCAGAUCCUGGUGACCCUCAUCGAGGUGUGCCUGCCGCUGCUCUUCGCCGCCAUCCUGAUCGCGCUGCGGCACCGGGUGCACUCCGUGAGCCACCCCAACGCCACCCUGUACCCCACCCAGUCCGUGGAUGACCUGCCCAGCUUCUUCUCCUCCCGGCACCCCAGCAAUCCCUGGGAGCUGGCCUAUGUCCCCUCCAACAGCAGCGCCGUCCGGAGCAUCGCCGAGGCGGUGGAGAGAGCGCUGCCCAUCAACAUCCGAGCUCAGGGCUUUGCCUCAGAGAAGGACUUUGAGGAGUAUGUGAGGCUGGACAACCGCUCUGGCAGCGUCCUGGCCGCCGUGGUGUUCCGGCACCACUUCCCACAGAGCACGGCCCCGCUGCCCCUGCAGGUGGAGUACGAGCUGCGCUUCAAGUACAGCCCCAGGAACGCGCCGCGGAGCGAGCAGACGGGGCUGAACCCCAACCUGGACCGGGACUGGCACACCAGUUACCUGUUCCCCCUCUUCCAGCUGCCUGGGCCACGAGAGGCCAAGUUUGCCGAUGGAGGGACACCAGGUUAUCUCCGGGAGGGUUUCCUGGCGGUGCAGCACGCCGUGGACAGGGCCAUCAUGCAGUAUCAUGCCAGUGCCAGCUCUACCAGCCUGCUGGAGAACAUCACAGUGGUGGUACAGCGCUUCCCCUACCCCGCCUACGUCAAUGACCUGUUCCUCUUGGCCAUCCAGAACCAGCUGCCACUGCUGCUCAUGCUCAGCUUCACCUACACCUCGCUCAACAUCGUCCGCGCCGUCGUCCACGAGAAGGAGAAGAAGCUGAAGGAGUACAUGCGCAUGAUGGGCCUCAGCAACUGGUUGCACUGGAGCGCCUGGUUCCUCAUGUUCUUCCUCUUCCUCCUGGUGUCCGUGUUCUUCGUCACCGUGCUCUUCUGUGUCAAGGUGAGUGAACAGGGAGCGGUGCUCACCAACAGUGACCCCACGCUGGUGUUCACCUUCCUUGCCAUCUUCUCCAUCUCCUCCAUCUCCUUCAACUUCAUGGUGAGCGCCUUCUUCUCGCGAGCAAACGUCGCGGCUGCUGCUGGCGGCUUUCUCUACUUCUUCUCCUACAUCCCCUACUUCUUCAUCUCGCCCCGCUAUGACCUGAUGUCCCACAGCCAGAAGCUGGCAUCCUGCCUCAUCUCCAAUGUGGCCAUGGCCAUGGGGGCACAGCUCAUCGGCAUGUUUGAAGGGAAAGGGACUGGCAUCCAGUGGAGGGACCUCAUGAAACCCGUCAGCGUGGAUGACAACUUCACCUUGGCCCAGGUGCUGGGGAUGCUGCUGCUGGACUCGGUGCUCUAUGGGCUGGUGGCCUGGUAUGUGGAGGCUGUGUUCCCCGGGGAGUACGGUGUGCCACAGCCCUGGUACUUCUUCCUGACGCCCUCAUACUGGUGCGGGCGGCCCAGGACUGUCGUGGGGAAAGAGAAGGAGGAGGAGGAGGACCCCGAGAAGGCCCUGAAGAGUCAGUACAUUGAGGAGGAACCUGCUGACCUCGUGUCAGGCAUCAAAAUAAAGCACCUUUCCAAGGUCUUCAAAGUGGGAAACAAGACAAAAGAGGCAGUCAAGGACCUCACAGUGAACAUGUACGAAGGGCAGAUCACUGUCCUUUUGGGACACAAUGGUGCUGGGAAGACCACCACCCUGUCCAUGCUCACAGGGCUGCACUCCCCGACGGGUGGCCAGGCCUACAUCAAUGGCUACGAGAUCUCCCAGGACAUGGUGCUGAUCCGCCGCAGCCUCGGGCUGUGCCCCCAGCACGACGUGCUCUUCGACAACAUGACGGUGGAAGAGCACCUGCACUUCUAUGCUGGGUUGAAGGGAUACCCACCCUCCAAGUGCCCCGAGGAGAUCAACCACAUCCUGAGGAUCCUCAACCUGGAGGACAAGCGCCGCUCCCUCACCAAGGCUCUCUCUGGGGGAAUGAAGCGCAAGCUCUCCAUCGGCAUCGCCCUCAUCGGGGACUCCAAGGUGGUGAUGCUGGAUGAGCCGACGUCGGGGAUGGACCCGGCCUCUCGCAGGGCCACCUGGGACCUUCUGCAGCAGCAGAGGAGCAACAGAACCAUCCUUCUGACCACCCACUUCAUGGACGAGGCAGACCUGCUGGGGGACCGCAUUGCCAUCAUGGCCAAGGGCGAGCUGCAGUGCUGCGGCUCCUCGCUCUUCCUCAAGCGCAAAUACGGGGCAGGAUAUCACAUGGUGAUGGUGAAGGAGCCCUACUGCAACCUGGGGGAGAUCUCCCGCCUCAUCUGCCAGUACGUGCCCAACGCCACCAUGGAGAGCAACGCCGGGGCAGAGCUGUCCUUCAUCCUGCCCAAGGAGAGCACGCACAGGUUCGAGGCCCUGUUCACGGAACUGGAGCACAGGCGGGAGGAGCUGGGCAUCGCCAGCUACGGCGCCUCGGUCACCACCAUGGAGGAGGUUUUCCUGAGGGUUGGGAAGCUGGUGGACUCCAGCAUGGAUAUCCAGGCCAUCCAGCUGCCUGCCCUCCAGUACCAGCACGAGAGACGCUCCAAUGACUGGGCCAUGGAUGACUCGAGCAGCCUGAGUGGCAUGACGGACAUGACGGACGACAGCGGGGCUCUCAUCACCGAGGACUGCUCCAGCAUCAAGCUCAACACCGGGUUCUACCUGUGCUGCCAGCAGUUCUACGCCAUGUUCAUGAAGCGAGCCAUGUACAGCUGGCGCAACUGGAAGAUGGUGGCGGCGCAGUUCCUCGUGCCUCUGAUCUUCACUGCCUUUGCCCUCAUCGUGGCCAAGACCUUCCCGGGCCCGCGGGACUCGUCCCAGCUGCGGCUGACACUGGAGCCCUAUGGCCAGACCGUCGUGCCUUUCUCGGUGCCGGGCGCCGCGGGGCUGUCCCAGAGGCUGGCGGAGCAGUACGUGGAGCUGCUGGAUGCCCAGCGCCAGUCGCCGCUGGAGGUGCUGGGUGGCCUGGAGGAGUACCUCAUCUCACGGGCCUCUGAGGAAGGGGGGGCCUUCAACGAGCACUACAUCGCAGCCGCCUCCUUCGAGGGCGCCGGGAACCGCACGGUGGUGACCGCGCUCUUCAACAACCAGGCCUACCACGCCCCGGCCACCGCCCUCAUGCUGGCUGACAAUGCUGUCCUCAGGGUGCUGGCGGGCCCCAACGCCUCCAUCACCAUCACCAACUACCCCCAGCCCCGCAACAUCACUGAGAAGGCCAAGGACCAGCUCAUGGAAGGCCAGACUGGGUUUGCCAUUGCCAUCAACCUGCUGUACGGGAUGGCCUCUCUCGCCAGCACCUUCGCGCUGCUGCUGGUCAGCGAACGGGCCAUCAAGGCCAAGCACGUCCAGUUCGUCAGUGGCGUCUACGUGGUCAACUUCUGGCUUUCUGCCCUGCUCUGGGACAUCAUCAACUUCCUCAUCCCUUGUGCUCUGAUGCUGGUGAUAUUCCAAGCCUUUGAUGUGCAAGCCUUCACCCAAGACAGCCACCUUGUUGAUGUGAUGUUGAUCUUCCUCCUUUAUGGCUGGGCCAUCAUCCCCCUCAUGUACCUCCUCAGCUUCUUCUUCUCAGUGGCAGCCACGGCCUACACCCGACUCACCAUCUUCAACAUCCUGUCUGGCACCGCCACCUUCCUCGCUGUCACCAUCAUGAGCAUCCCGGAGCUGGGCUUGGUGGACCUCUCCAAAACCUUGGAUAAAGUCUUUCUUGUCUUACCCAAUUACUGCUUGGGCCAGUGCAUCAGUGACUUCUACCAGAAUUACGAGUUCAUUCAGUUCUGCACCUCCUCUGUUGAAGCCAUUUUCAUCUGCAAGGCCUUCAAUAUCAGUUAUCAGAUGAACUACUUUUCCUGGGAGACGCCUGGGAUCGGGCGAUACCUGACCUCCUUGGCCGUCCAGGGUUUCUCCUUCCUCUUCCUCCUCUUCCUCAUUGAGACAAACCUUCUCUGGAGACUGAGAACUCUGAUCUGUGGCAUCUGCAGGCGGCGGAAAUGGGUGGCACUGCUGAACCGUGUGUCUGUGCUGCCAGAGGACAGGGACGUGGCAGAUGAGAGGAAGAAGGUUUUAGAGUCGCCACCAGAACUGCUGUCAUCUCUCAGCAGCCCUCUGGUCAUCAAGGAGCUCACCAAGGUCUAUGACAGCCGGGAGUCCCUGCUGGCAGUGGACAGGAUCUCCUUGGCCGUCAGCAAAGGGGAAUGCUUUGGCCUCCUUGGCUUCAAUGGAGCAGGCAAAACCACCACCUUCAAGAUGCUGACUGGUGAUGAGAGCAUCACGUCAGGGGACGCCUUUGUGGAUGGGCACAGCAUCCUGGCCAACAUCAAGAAGGUGCAGCAGCGGAUCGGGUACUGCCCGCAGUUCGAUGCCCUGCUGGAGCACAUGACGGGCCGCGAGACGCUGAGCAUGUACGCGCGGCUGCGGGGCAUCCCCGAGCGCUACAGCGGCAGCUGCGUGGAGAACAUGCUGCGGGGGCUGCUCCUCGAGCCCCACGCCGACAAACUCGUGAGGACCUACAGUGGUGGUAACAAGCGGAAGCUCAGUGCUGGCAUUGCCCUCAUUGGUGGUCCCCCCGUGAUCUUCCUGGAUGAGCCCUCCACUGGCAUGGACCCCGUGGCCCGGCGUUUGCUCUGGGACGCGGUGACACGGACACGGGAGUGUGGCAAAUCCAUCAUCUUCACCUCCCACAGCAUGGAGGAGUGCGAGGCGCUGUGCACACGCCUGGCCAUCAUGGUGAACGGGCAGUUCAAGUGCCUGGGCAGCCCCCAGCACCUCAAAAGCAAGUUUGGCAGUGGCUACACCUUGCUGGCCAAGACACGGAGCGAGGAGGAGGGCGAGCUGCUGGCCUUCAAGGCCUUCGUGGAGAAGACUUUCCCAGGCAGUGUCCUGAAACAUGAGCACCAGGGCAUGGUGCAUUACCACUUGACCAACAAGAACCUCAGCUGGGCACAGGUCUUUGGGGCCUUGGAGAAAGCCAAAGAGAAGUAUCGCUUGGAGGACUACUCGGUGAGCCAGAUCUCCCUGGAGCAGGUCUUCAUGAGCUUCACCCGCUUCCAGCACUACACAGAGGACAGAGGGAAAUGAGCCCCCGGUGCCCUUCCUCACGGACUGGCCCCCAGCCUAUACAUAGUAUAUAUAGAGACAGUAAUUUA